UCUCCGCUCCCCAUCCCUCCCGCUCAUUAGGACCUCGCGAGCAUGAGGAGACGCAGCUAAGUGGACGCGCACACUGGUGACCCGUGCACAGCAGCCCUCGCCUCGGAGAUCUCUGCACGGCUCCACAUACAAACAGGACCAUGACCAGGAAGGUGUUCACCAACACGCGGGAGCGCUGGCGCCAGCACAACGUCAACACCGCCUUCGCAGAGCUGCGCAAGCUCAUCCCCACGCAUCCUCCGGAGAAGAAGCUGAGCAAGAACGAGAUCCUGCGUCUGGCCAUGCGCUACAUCAACUUCCUGGUGCAGCUGCUGGAGAGCCAGAGCGGCCAGCCGGCCGGCCACUCCCCCACGGCUCUGCUCACCUUCCUCCGGGGGAACAUGGAGCAGCUGCAGUCGCCUCCGCACACGUGGGCCACGGCCAGCGACACAGACGCUCCUUCACCUGGAGGCUCCAGCUGUGACAGCUCCGAGACCUGGUAGACCCGGCAGACCCGGCUCACCCGGGUGACCCGGCUGACCCGGCAGGCCCAGAGACUUGCAGAACCCUUCCUUCAGUCUGAAUGACACUGAAACUGGUGUUCAGUCCCCAACGUUGGGCGACACACGGACACAACACGCAGAGGAGACUGCCUGCACACUGAUUGUUGUUGAAUAUAUGAUUUUUCACAUGAACAUUCAUUUGUGUUCUGCAUGGAAGUGUAAAACCUGGAUUUGCCACACACCCCCCCACCCCCGCCCCGCCUUCGUGUCUAAAUGUUAAUAUUCCUUGUUGCCGGCCCGCCUGGAACUCAUUUAGUUUUGCAAUGAGGAAAAAUGCGAGGGGAUUAAGGAAUUUCUCAUUUCAAGAAAUAGAUUGAGGAAAGCAUUUGAAAAGAUAAUGGUUCAGCCGUUUCUCCAGAUUGCAAUCCUUUCAAAAUAGCCAAGGGCACCCCCCCCCCCCCUCUCAGUCGACAUGCUGCUUUUCCCCCUCGAUGAAAGUAAAUGUGACCUUUGUUUUAUUAAUCAAGGUUAUUGGACUUUAGAAGAAUUACUUCUCCUGUUUCUUCCUCUAACAAGUCUUUAGACUGUAAACUUUUUAACAUUUUGAUUGGGCUGAGAAAUUUUUGGCAAAACAGACAAUCCUCUCAACAAGUUUUUCAACAAAUAUCUUCUCUCCAUGUUUUUCCAUUUGAGGUUUUUUUUUGUAAAAUAUGCAUGUCAUAGAGCCAAAGAUAAUGAACUGUCUUCUGUGAUGAGUGUUAUUAUUAUCUUAUUAUA